GGCGGUCAGACUGGCAAGCCAUGCACCCAUAAAACUGGUACUCUUGGUACUAGUCCCGUAAAAACCUUCUUUCGCGCCGCGUUCUACGUAAACAAUUCCGUAAUAAAAUUGUUUUGUGUGUAUAUAAUGUGAUAUAUUUUUGCGCACAUAUUCUCUUGAAACUGUAGUGCCCUAAUUGGUCAAAAUUACAACAUGACGAGAAGGAUUAACUUUACCAAAAUGAACUUUACGGGACCUUUAAUGUGGUUCUCGUUGGGAUUAUUGCAAGUGGUCUACAGCCAACUCCAAGACGCAACAGACUUCAACCCCCAAGUAACAGCAACCUGUAAAGCCGAUCACACAAUGCACAUAAAAGUCAAUUUUAACGGUUCCUUUUACGGUACGAUACACGCUCGGGAUUUCAGGACUCCGGCCUGUAUGUCUGUAGGGGAUGGUGGUAAAACUGUCACUUUGAAUAUUAGUUUAUUGGCACCUCAAGGAUCGUCCGAAUAUUGUGGCUUGUUGGUGAAUAAUAGAACCCAAGAAAAAUCAGUUCCAAUUGCAGUAAGAAUCCAUCGAACUCUUGAACUAGCCGACGACAAGUUUUACGUCAUAACUUGUGGAAAACCCGCAAUUAAAAAUCAGUCAUCGCCUGUAGCUCUACAACUUCUCGAUGGUAGCAGAAAAGUUACUAGAGCAGUCUACAGCAACCCUUAUACUUUGAGAAUCGAAAUCACUAAACCAGACAACUCUUACGGCUUCAAAGUCAAAAAUUGCUUUGCUUUCAAUAGAGCUAACACUAGUGUUAGUUUAACUGAUGACCGAGGAUGUCCUGUCAAGGGUGACGUGAUAGGCCCUUUUACUUACGAUGAAGCCAAAGGUGCAGCGGAAGCUCCUAUUAGGUCAAUGUUCAAGUUUCCUGAAAGUUCUGAAGUACAUUUUCAGUGCGAUGUUGCUUUAUGUAAAGGUGCUUGUUUGCAACCCUCCUGUACAGGAGACGUCUCAAAUUCCUUGGCCAUAAAUAACGAUGAAGGAGUGCUUAUGGCUGCUAAUACUGUCUUUGUACUUGAUCCGAGUGAAGCUCCUCUAGUCCAAGAACUAUGCGACGACUCCACCAGUGGCGUGCAUCCGAGUUGGUUAUUAUGGUUGUGCGUCGCCUUCGGCAUUUUGUUCUUGAUCAUGCUGAUCAUCAACAUUUUCCUUUGCUCUGCUAUGACGUGCGCUUGCGCCCGCACCGAAAUAAUUGAAAAAGAACCGAGCAUUAUCGAAGAUUACGAUCCUUAUCGGAGCUGGCACGGGAGCCAGUACGGUUCUAGAUAUUCCCUAAACGGCGCUCCUCAGCACCCUAAAGGCUACACUUCAGGGGGCUCGACACUAAACUCCGCACGUUCGAUAUCCUCACACAGCGACCACUACGCUAUAGUCCACUCUAGGCCUGGAAGUCGGGGGUACAAUAAUACUACUAACCACAAAAAUAGGGGGCCUCCUUCGCAUAUGGGUAGCCACUAUAGUGGGAAAUGAUAAUCUCGGCAUUUCUCAUUCAAUCAUUUAAAAAAAAAGUGACUUCAAAUUUAUACAAUAAGGUGCAUCAAAUCAUACCAAAAUUAGGUAUUUCACUGCGUAUAAAUUAUUGGAAACAAAAUGUGGCAUAUUUUAGCAUAUAAUAAUAGUAUUAAAUAAAAUUAAUUAAUUGUUACCUUGUAAUUAAUAUUUUAAUUUAAGUUUGUUUAAUUUUAAUUUAUACAUAUAAAGAUGCCUCAAUAUGGCAUCAUUCUUUGCACACUGUCCUUUCUCCCCAGAGUAUGAUAUAAACUAUUUGUACUAUAAAAUGUAUUUUAUAAUCAUUGCGAAAACACAUUUGUAUAAAGUCUGAUAAUAUAUUAAAAAAAUAUACUGUAAAUAAUGUGCGUUAAAAUAAAUCGAAUAAUAAUAAUAAUUAUGUAUUACAUUCUA